AUGUUGGAUCUGAUGAGUAACGAGCAUCUCUACGCAUUUCGACGUAGGCUUCCACAAUACGCUCACGAAGAGCAGGAUCGACAGUUGGAGUGUAGGUCUUGCAGAGUGAAAUGUACUCUCGGAGUGUUUCAAGUGAGAUCAAAUCCUUCUUCUCACGAUUCGGAUGACAUCCAUGUUGAUGGACGUAGCUGGGAGAUCAACAUUCUGUUCAAUAGAGCGGUUCGGAUUAUAUCUUCCAUAAGCUGGGUUAGCGGCGGCGAUGAUAGCAGUACGUGCAUUCAAAGUGGUCAUGAUACCAGCCUUGGCAAUAGAGAUGGUUUGCUGCUCCAUAACCUCAUGAAUAGCAGUUCUGUCGUUAUCCAUCAUCUUAUCAAACUCAUCGAUACAGCAGAUUCCACCAUCCGCCAACACCAAAGCACCUCCUUCAAGAGACAUUUCUCCAGUAACUGGAUCCUUCAUAACAGCAGCAGUCAAACCGACUCCAGAAGAUCCACGACCAGUGGUGUAUUGCGAACGUGGGGCAAGACGGUUAACGUAUCCGAGAAGUUGAGAUUUGGCUACUCCUGGAUCUCCCAUCAUCAAAACAUUGAUGCAUCCACGAAUCUUCAUUCCAUUGGAAGUGUUGUCAUUUCCUCCGACAAGAGCCAUAAGAAGACACUUCUUGACAUCCACGUGUCCAAAGAUUUCUGGAGCGAUAGAAGCAGCCAGAGCCUCGUAAUUGUCUCCCUUGCGGCGAAGAACUUCAAGUUCCUCAGACUGAACUCCAUUGUAUGUUGGGUUGUCGUCGAGAUUAUGGAUGAACUUUUGCAUAAUUGGCAAGAAAACGCCGGACACUUGCACAACAUUUCCAGUGUUGCACCGUCUAGUCAUCUCUCCGUAAACAUAGACGGUCAUUGUUCGUGGAAUAGAUCCGAUUGGCACUUGCUCGCUGAGCUCUUGGAUUCGAAGUUCUUGGAACUUGACGAAUUUCGAUCCACGAAGCUGCAUGUGAAGUCUUCCAUUGGCCUUAGCUUCAACACAUUCCUUAUUUGGACAGUUGAGUGGACUCGACGACGUGGAGAACGAGAGUCUGACAGAUUAUCGUCGAGAAGACAUCGAAGUCGAAGCACUUCUGGAGAUCGAAGAAGACGACGUGAUGAGCGUGAACGGGAAAAGCGACGUGAACGACGUGGAGAUGAAGACGAUCGAAAGAAGAGAAGCCGUCGUGAUGAUGAGGAUGAUGGGAGUAAAAAAGACAGAAAGGAGAAGACUACCAGAUCUCGAACAACAGAAGACGACGAGCCGACGGGUACAAGUGGCACAGGAAAUGAAGAUUCUUCUGCUGAAUAA